AAUGGCUAUUUCUCUUACUGGUGGUGGUUUGUUUUGAUUCUGUGGACCAAGGGGUUUUCUCCACUUCUCUCCCAAGUUCUGUUGUAUUCAGGGAUUCAGGGUGAUAUUCUUGUCUUUGAGUAGUUUCUAAUUAUAUUUUUGGGGAGGGACUGAUACCAGAGAAUCUUUAUUCUAUCAUCUUGCUAAUUUUCUCUCUUGUUUUUUAAAGACAGGUCUAAAAUAUUUUGGUUCUCUAAAAGUAUACGGAGCCUCAGGUGCUGCUUGGGGCUAUACCAGACUGAGACCCAUUAGUUUCUCUUCACAGACAUAAGGACCCAGAAGAAGAAAGGAAGAGACUAGGGUGACUGGCUCAUGAUGAAUACAGUCUGAAUCAAGACUGGCAGCAAACAUGAUAUGAACCAUGUUAUACAGCCCUCUUAAAGUGACAUUUUCUACCUUGUCAUAUUUUAGACUGGCAUUUAGUUUUUAUUGCUGUAGAAGACUGGAAAAGAGAGAACCUCUUUGUUUCUAUAACACAAGAAGUUGUCAUAUCUUUGGGCCUUGAUGGUUCAAGUGGAAGUUAAUAGUAUUAGGAUGAAAUUCUUAGAUACCUGAAAGGCAGAGGAAAAACUCUGCUCAUAGUAAGGCCAUUUAUGACAGAAAGAGAAACUUUGACGAUGCCAACCAACACUCACAUGUAAAGGAAACGUGAUGAGAAUGCUGAUCACCACACACUCACUGCCUCUGCUUCUAUUGCUGCUGCAGCUGCUGCAGCCACUGCAGUUUCAAGAGGCAUAUUAUGAAGAUUUUUAUUUACCAGCAUAUAGAGAUAAAGAAGACUUUGAAGACUUUAUGGUGGAAUUUCAGAGUACAGGGCCUACCAGACCACCUACCAAAGAAAAAGUCAAAAGACGUAUCCUUGUUAAUCCUGGAAUGCCAUUAGGUGAUAGUGGCUACUGUAAUUAUCAAAUAAUGAGAAAAAAUGUUUACUACAAGUACAGUUGUGUGACAGAACAUUACUUCCUUCUUAUGCAAUAUGACGAGCUGCAAAAAACCUGUUACAACAGAUUUGUGCCAUGUAAGAAUGGGAUUAGGAAAUGUAACAUGAGCAAGAAACUAGUAGAAGGAGUGUAUUGUAAUUUAACCAAAGCAUCUAAUAUACCAAUGUGUCAAUACAACUCAUUUUAUAGGAGGGGAUAUGUUCUUAUCACUUGUACAUGGCAAAAUGAAAUGCAAAAACUUAUUCCUUAUACUAUAAAUGAUCUCGUGGAGCCACCUGAGCACAGAAGUCUCCUUAAUGAGGAUGGUGUCUUUGUCGUACCACCCUAGCAGAGUGUUCUCUGAGAGCUUACGGUGGGAGGAUGUAAUCCUCUCCAUAAUGAUCCUUUUAGAUCAGAGUUGAGAAUGGCAGUUUUGCUUCCAUUCACUUUAAUCACCCACCUUCCUUUCUUCCUUUCCCAACGCCCCACAAAGUCACCAUAGGCGAGGUUCACAGACAGUGCUCUGAGAUGUGAUCCCAUGCAGGUCCCACAAGUUAGCAUGCCUUGAAUGUGUUAUGGAUACAAAUGCCUGCAGUGGAAGGAUGUCCAGCACCAAGAGGAACAGAAAAUGGUUGCCUGCAGUGUCCUCCAAAGACACAUUCAUGUGAUUCUCUAGUUCACCAAAAAGAAUAAAAAGUGCUUCAAUCU